UUCUUCUCUCCCCAGGUGUGCUCUUUGUCCAGAUUUUUCCAAGUCUGAUUCUUUUUAUUUUUUAAUUUAUUUUUAUUUUUAAAAAGAUUUUAUUUAUUUGAUAGACACUGAGCAUGCUCAAGUUAGGGGAGGGGCAGAGGGAGAGAGAGGAAGCAGAUUUCCCGCUGAGCAGGAAGCCAGAUGUGGGGCUCAGUCCCAGGACCCCAGGAUCAUGACCCUAGCUGGAGGCAGACACCCAACUGACUGAGCCACCCAGGCGUCCCCAAAGUCUGGUUCUUUCUCAAUUAUUUAGAUCUAGUGCACAUGUCAGCUUGUCCAAUAAUCCAGUCCAAAGCAGCACCUCUUUAUAUUCAUUGAGGUUUUCGCUUAGCUGUUGAAACAAAGGUCAAGAUAACAAGGUAGGUUAUUCCUAUGUAUCGCAUGACAGUCUGUGUGCAGGCUAUCCAGGAUAUUCCUGGAGGCCCAUUGGGUCUGGGACCCGGACACUCAUUGCUGUGUUAUCCUCAGUACAUGGUUUCAGUCUUGUGGUCUAAGAUGGCUGCUGUUGCUCUUGCCACCACAUCCCUAUUCCAGGCAACAGGAAAGGAGACAUGCGUGGCCUGAAAUUGACCAACUUGUUAAAUUAACCACUCAUUUCCCAUUGGAUAAAAUUCAGUCAUGUGGUCAUAGCCAGUAGCAAGGGAAACUUGGAAAGUAGCCAUUAUUCUGGGAAGCUGUGUGUGAGCUAAAAUCCAUGGGCUCCAGCACUAAAGGGGAAGGUGGAUUACGGGGACCCUGUAUUGUGUUAGUGUUUGUUCCAUGCACUCUUCUGUUAACUUGGUUUUCCUGCUGGCUGGCUGCCUCCCCUCCUGGAAUGACAGCCUCCCAGGGCAGGCGUGUGCCAGCUCCUAGACUCAUCCCCUGCUCCUAGGAGGCUGCUGCGGGUGGGGGAACUUGUGAGGAAUGCCUUUUUUUCUGUGGACCUACUAUGUGUUAGGCACGUUUCCCUCCGGUCACAGAUGAGGGUGUGAUCCCAGAGCCAUCAAGUGGCCUGCAGAGAAGGACAAAGGGAUCUGAAUCCCAGGUCUCUGCCCACCUGCUUCAGUCCCCACUCCCUUUUGGCCAGGGGUAGUGCUCAUGUUUCAUGGCUUGGAACGGCAGCAAGGAUGUUGCUGCGUCCCCCGCAGCCCUUGCCCUGGACCUGUGGCUGUUCCGGGCUGGCUGGGGGUCCUUGCCAACAGGGCCUGAGCAGCCUGGCUGCUCCUUGCCAAACGGGAGACAUGUGCUCUUGAAGUAUAAACAGAACACAUCUUUCUAAUAUUUUUAAAACUUACUGACAAGUAACCCAUACGGAAAGGUGCACAGAUCAUAGGUGGAUGACUCAAUGGAUUCUGCCACGGGGAGCAUGCCUAUGUACACCUCCCCCCGCCCCGAUCAAGCACCAGCAGCUCUGGUCCCCUCCGCUCCCCCCAUGCCCUCCCUCCUCCACAAAGGUGACCCUCACCUGAAUCUUUGCGUGGGGCAGACCACAUGUGUGUACCUGUGGCUGGCCCUGCUCAGCACCAUAUCCGGGAGGCCCUUCCAUGGUGCUGCCCACAGCAGUAGCCUGUCCUUUCUUCUCCAUUGCACUGUGUACCCAAGCACCGCCAUGUAUGUGUGUGUACACUGAUAUGGGCAUCUGGGCUGUUGCUAGCCUGGGGCUGUUACAAAUGUACCCAGGAAUGGAGAUGCCAAGUCAUAAGGCCUAAUCUGUUCAAGUCAUCACUUUAUUAUUUUUUAAUUAAUUUUUUAAAGAUCUUAUUUAUUUAUUCAUGAGAGACAGAGAGAGAGAGAGAGAGAGAGAGAGAGAGGCAGAGGCAGGCUCCAUGCAGGGAGCCCGAUGUGGGACUCGAUCCCGGGUCUCCAGGAUCACACUCCGGGCCGAAGGUGGCGCUAAACCACUGGGCCACCGGGGCUGCCCACAAGUCAUCACUUUAAUGCUAGCAUCUAUUAUGUCCUGGUGCCAUGCCUAGCUUACCUGCCCUGCACCCCCUCAGCUCCCUGAGGAGGUCCCUGCUGCUGUCUGUAUGGGCCCAGCUCCUUCUAUCCCUGAGAGCCCAGCAGCCUGGAGCCCACCUUGUCCAAGGUGGCUCCCAGUGCCCCAGGCCACUGGCUCUCCUAUCUUCUAGGCUGGACUCUGUUUUUAUUUUUUUUUAAGAUUAUUUAUUUAUUUAUUCAUGAGAGCCUUCAGAGAGGGAGGCAGAGACACAGGCAGAGGGAGAAGCAGGCUCUCUGCAGGGAGCCCAAUGUGGAACUUGAUCCCAGGACCCCCGGGUCACACUCUGAGCCGAAGGCAGAGGCUCAACUGCUGAGCCACCCAGGUGCCCCUAGGCUGGACUCUUAACCUCUCAUUUUGAGGCCCUUGGCCUCCCUGCUGACUCCCAUUUCUCCUCGCAGCCCCUAUCCCUGCCUUUGCAGACACAGCUCUCUCUGCAGUGGCCCCCUCUAUGGUGGCCCCCUCUGUAGUGCCUCUCCUUCCCUCUCCUCUGCCUACAGACUUCCUGUGUAUCUCCUUGGCACAGUGCAUGUCCCCCGGUCCCCUAUUUGUAUCUCCCUUUCCAGGGUGGCAGCAGAGGAUGACAGGGCGGUGGUCCACCGGAGGUGUGUGUGACGCCCCCUCUGGCGCUGGGUGGCUGUGUGAUGCACACCAUUAUCUCUGGGCCCUAUAUUGGCUGUGUGGUCCGGACUCAGGACUGCCAUGGGUGGGCUGUAGGAGGUGCUAGAUGUCACAUCAGUGCCCACUACAGCCUCCAGGGUGGACACUGCUGUUAGCCCCAUUCCAGGGGCUCCUCACCCCUCUGCUCCCUGUCCCCUGAGUCCCCAGGAUCAGAGGGAUGAACUCGGGUCACGCUGAGUAGCUUGCUUUGCUGUGCCCGUCAGAGGGGAAGGCUCCGUUACUGGGGGUGGCGUUUACUGUUUGGGGGUCAUGAGAUAGGCCAAGGUAGAGGACUGAGCCCCUGUCUGGGGACUGUGCUAUGGCAUGUGUGGGAGCCACAGCUCACCCUCUGCCUGCUGUGGGGGGUGUGGCCCACCAGCCCAAUGUAGGUCGUGGCUCUCAGGUUCCACUAGGAACCUGGGACCAGGGACCCCACGGACACACAGCCCUGGCACUCCUCACGUGGGGGCUGUCACUCCCCCAGGGCUGGCUGCUCGUGGGAUGGACACCCCGGAAGAGGUGAUUUGGGCCAAUGGGAGUACAGCCCUGCCCCCACCCAUGGCACCCAACAUCAGUGUGCCACAUCGCUGUCUGCUGCUGCUCUACGAGGAUAUCGGCACCUCCAGGGUCCGGUACUGGGACCUCUUGCUGCUCAUCCCCAAUGUGCUCUUCUUCAUCUUCCUGCUCUGGAAGCUUCCAUUCGCUCGGGCCAAGAUCCGUGUCACCUCCAGCCCCAUUUUUAUCACCUUCUAUAUCCUGGUGUUCGUGGUGGCGCUGGUGGGCAUCGCCCGGGCCGUGGUGUCCAUGACAGUCAGCACCUCGGACGCUGCGACUGUUGCUGAUAAGAUCCUGUGGGAGAUUACCCGCUUCUUCCUGUUGGCCAUCGAGCUGAGUGUGGUCAUCCUGGGCCUUGCCUUUGGUCACCUGGAGAGCAAGUCAAGCAUCAAGCGGGUGCUGGCCAUCACCACGGUGCUGUCCCUGGCCUACUCUGUCACCCAGGGGACACUGGAGAUCCUGUACCCUGAUGCCCACCUGUCUGCUGAGGACUUCAACAUCUACGGGCAUGGGGGCCGCCAGUUCUGGCUGGUCAGCUCCUGCUUCUUCUUCCUGGUCUACUCUCUGGUGGUCAUGCUCCCCAAGACCCCGCUGAAGGAGCGCAUCUCCCUGCCGUCGCGACGGAGCUUCUAUGUGUAUGCGGCUAUCCUGGCACUGCUCAACCUGCUGCAGGGACUGGGAAGCGCGCUGCUCUGCGCAGACAUCAUCGAGGGGCUCUGCUGUGUAGAUGUCACCACAUUUCUCUACUUCAGCUUCUUUGCGCCCCUCAUCUACGUGGCCUUCCUCCGGGGCUUCUUUGGCUCGGAGCCCAAGAUCCUCUUCUCCUACAAAUGCCAAGUGGACGAGACUGAGGAACCGGACAUGCACCUGCCCCAGCCCUACGCUGUGGCCCGGCGGGAGGGCCUGGAGACAGCAGGAGCUGCCAGCACCCAGUUUGACUCUGCCGGUGGGGUGGCCUACCUGGACGACAUUGCUUCCAUGCCCUGCCACACUGGCAGCAUCAAUAGCACGGACAGUGAGCGCUGGAAGGCCAUCAAUACCUAAGUGUGGCCACCAUGGCUGGAAGGCCUGCGGGGGUCUAUGGAGGGCAGGCCGAGUGUGAAGCCCCUGGUGAGGAGGACGAGGUCAUGGGACCUUCUGUGGGCAGGAGCCCAUGCCAGCCCUGUCUUGCCCUCUGUGCUCCCAGGUGCCUUUAGCCACCUCUGCUCUAGCUGGGGGCUGCCUCCGCCUUCCACCUUCCUUCCACCUGUUGUCUCCCUGCUCAGCAACGUGGCCCACACCCUGAUCUCCCAGGGCCAGGCCUGGCUAGGCCAGCUGAGGGCACCUCCUUUUUCCAAAGCCUGGGCACCCAGGACUGCUCUGGCCCUUCUCACCCUUCUGCCUCCUCCCCAUGGCGCUUUGGCCUCCUCAAAGCCCACUCUGGCAGGUGGGCUGAUGUGUGUAUAUUUUCUUGACCUAUUUUUUAAUAAAAAAACAAAAGGAC